GAGACGGUCGAUGGCAGUUGUGCGUCGGAAAUGCUUUAUAUCUUACCACCACGCCGACCAAGACGAGGUGAGCCAAUUCGUUCGCGACUUUGACCACGAGCUCGAUACGUUCAUCGCUCGUGGGCUUGGUCAGGAGAUGAGCGAGGACAUCGUCAACAGCACCAAUACGGACUAUGUCAUGCAGCGGAUUCGGCAGCUCUAUCUGUCGGACUCAACGGUGACGCUGGUCAUGCUUGGGCGGUGUACAUGGGCGCGUCGCUACGUCGACUGGGAGAUUCAGGCGUCGCUCCGGCAGGGCCAGACCGUGACGCCGAAUGGCCUGCUGGCCAUCAAGCUGCCAAGCUAUCCGUCAAGCGGCGGUCAAUACCCGCAGCGUCUCAACGAGAACCUAUUGGGCCAUGACAAUUGCUUUGCCCGUUGGAUCGCUUACCCAAGCAGGAUCGGUUCGCCUACAACAAGCGGUGCUGACAUGGCGGCGACUGCGCCCGCACCCCAACUGACCGGCGAUGAACUUGUUACCUUCGUGCUCGGCGAAGACCUCGGUGCCUUUGUAUCAAUCGACGCGGUCGUAGUCUGGGUCGGGCUUGGGCUCGUUGGGCUCGUUCUUGCCGUCCGGCUCUUUGGCUUCUGGCGCGGUGGCUGGAGGCGGUUUGAGAUCGAUGAGACGCAGUUCGGUCUUGGCGAUCAGAGAAUCACACUACGCCCAAACGUCACAGACAGGCAGAUCGCAUACAAGAUCUGGGUAGAGCUAAGCACUCGAAAGAUCGGGCUUCCCAUUGAUCUGAACGACGACGUGAUCUCGGAGGUAUACGACUCUUGGUACAACUUCUUCUCGGUUACGCGCGAACUCAUCAAGGAUGUGCCGGUAUCCCGCUUCAGGCGCAAGGACACAGAGAAGAUCAUCCGCCUGUCAAUCGAGGUUCUGAACACCGGGAUACGGCCACACCUGACAAAGUGGCAGGCUCGGUUUAGGCGCUGGUAUGAGAGGGCAUUGGAGCACGAGGAUCGGGUGGAUGCAGCACCCCAGGAUGUGCAGAAAGAAUUUCCCGAUUAUGAGGCGCUAAAGGAGGACUUGGAGCAGGUGAACCAGCGACUGAUCCGCUACCGUGAGAAGAUGUACGAGCUGGUCACCAAUCUCUAG